UUUGAGGAGUUUUCCGUUCAAUUUCCCGCGAUUAUUUCCCUCACAAACAGAAGUCGGAGGUACAAGAACGAUAUUCGUGCGAGUAGCGUCUAAUAAAUUUAAAUUUUAUCAAUCAAAUUUGAAUACAAAUAUUCAAAAUGUUUGAAGCAAGAUUAGUUAGCUGUUCUGUUUUCAAAAAGGUGAUGGAAGCAAUUAAAGAACUUCUCAAUGAAGCUUCAUUUGAUUGCUCAGAAUCUGGUAUUCAACUUCAAGCUAUGGAUACUUCUCAUGUAUCCUUGGUAUCUCUAAUGUUGAAAUCAGAUGGCUUCGACAAAUAUAGAUGUGACAGGAAUAUCACAAUGGGCAUGAAUUUAACAAGUUUAUCGAAAAUCUUCAAAUGUUCCAAUAACGAUGAUACGGUUACCAUCAAGGCUCAGGAUGAUGCUGAUACGGUUACCUUCAUGUUUGAAUCUAAGAAACAAGAAAAAAUCUCCGAUUAUGAAAUGAAAUUGAUGAAUUUAGACCAGGAACAUUUAGGAAUUCCUGAAACUGACUUCUCAUGUGUAAUCAAGAUGCCUUCCGCUGAGUUUGCCAGAAUAUGCCGAGAUCUUUCCCAGUUUGGUGAAUCUUUAGUCAUUUCAUGCACAAAAGAGGGAGUACGAUUCUCUACAAAUGGUGAUAUUGGAAGUGCAAAUAUUAAAAUCGCACAGACCAAUAAUUUUGAAAAGGAGGAAGAAUCUGUUACUAUCGAUCUACAGAAUCCAGUCACUCUAACUUUUGCUUGUCAAUAUUUGAAUCAUUUUACCAAGGCAACUCCUUUAUCUAAUCAAGUUGUACUUUCCAUGUCUGAUAAUGUCCCUUUAGUAGUAGAAUAUGUAAUACCCGAUUUGGGACACAUUAGAUAUUACCUAGCACCAAAAAUUGAAGAAGAUGAUAAUUGAUAAGUUUUGCAACAUUUGUGAAAAAUGCUCUUAAGUUAUAUUUCUCAUUCAUUUUGAUGUGACCAUUUUCUUUUAUUUUUAUAUCUGUUAUAAUCUGUUUAAAUAAACUAUACUUUCACUAUUA